UGGAAAGGCAGGUCAAACUGUGGACGGUGAAUCAAAUCCUAUCCUAUCCUUGGAAAGUAUUGCUUGGAUAUUGCUGAUGGAAAAGCGGAUGGGCGCAAAGCUGGAAACUCCUGGGGAGAAACGGUUCUCCUACUUAUAAGAAAAACUAUGAGGCAAAUGAAGAAGACUAUGACCAAGAAAGAGAAGCAAUGGCUGAACGUCGUGAACCUCAAAAACAACAUCAAGAGUGGAAAACUGCGGCUAAACUGAAUGGAGUCGGUGGAACAUCUUGCUCAGCAACAUCACCCUCUGCACCUCCGUCACAAACUUCCACGACCACGGCUGAAAGAAUUGUUGGAUGCGUUGGCUGCCUGCCGUAUGACCCUGGGGCCGCGCUUGCGUCGCCGUUUUAUGACGACCCUAAAUAAUACGCAAGGCCCACAAGAAAAGCUGAAGACGAGAGCAGCCCUUUCAGAAAUAGUCACAUCGGCACAAGGUGGAUGUAGUAAGAACGCAGGACAAGGACAAGAUGUUCCACCUACGACCACGGUGGACGUGGAGAUGAGUUCUUGCAGCCUCACGUGGCAUGGUACUGGUAGUACAACUAGUAGUGGUAAAGUAAACGAUCAUGGUACCCCAGCAGGAGCAGAGAAACUGACUCGAAUCCAUUGGAGUCAAAAUAAAAGCAAAUGCGGGCUCAGGACCAUCUGUGAACUUCAGCGCAUGCCUGUCCAUGAGGAAUUUCGAAGGAUGGGCAUCGGUCAAAGGCUCGUCGACCAUCUAGAAAAAUGGGCCGCCAGAGAAGCCGGCCAUGCAGCUCGCGUGCUCACCGGUGUUGCGUCUAAUUCCUUCGAAAGGACUGGGUCUCUACCGUAAGCGUGGCUAUGAAGAUGUUGGGCCUCCAGUGAAAAUCGCGCUUUUUGGUGUCUCCGGAGACCCAAAAUAUGAAGGUUUGCCGCGCGUCGGCCUGCAAACAAUGUGGAAAAAGCUUGAUGCUGGAGCAGGAAGGUGACAACGAUGCUCAUGCUCUCAUACAUGAUUAAUAUGUCUUCGCAUUUCUUCAUCUUGUUCUCGGGAAUGAGGGGCACUAGCUACUCAGUAACGGUGGUCUGCAGAAAGCGGGUUGACGUUGAUCAUUGAGGAAGAUCCGAAACGAGAUGCUUUUUCCACUAAUUAUUUUUUGCAGAGCUUGGAAAUGGAAUUCCAUAAUUGCUGUGGUGGCAAGAAGUCUUCUAACGGUAGUGGCUUUGGGUGACAGAAUGUGCAGUCUCAUGGAAAAAAAGCUCCAGCGGAAGAAUUGUGUCGCUGCGGUCGCUAACCGAAUUCCCAUUGAAGUAGACACAUCAAAAAAUUACUGUAAUAAUAUUGUCUUCAUGCUUUAGACAACUUGCUUUUGCUAAGUAGAAUAACGUAAUGUCUCAUGGAUGUUAAGUAUUUUUUUUGAUGAUCCUGAUUUUUUAUUCAACUUUUUUGUUUUUUGAUAGGAAAGAAGGAACUACAUUAUCUUCAC